UGUUCACAUUUAGGGAAAUCGAGAGGCGGCUCCCAUGGCAGGAAAGCCCGUUCUGCACUACCCCAAUACCCGGGGCAGGAUGGAGUCGAUCCGCUGGCUCCUGGCAGCCGCUGGCGUGGAGUUUGAAGAAGAGUUCAUAGCAUCUGCAGAAGACAUGGCCAAGAUAAAAACUGAUGAAAGGUUCAUGUUCCAGCAGGUGCCGAUGGUGGAGAUGGACGGCAUGAGGAUCGUGCAGUCCAGAGCCAUCCUCAACUACAUCGCCACCAAGUACAACCUCUACGGGCAAGACGCCAAGGAGCGAGUCCUGAUUGAUAUGUAUACAGAAGGCAUGGCGGACUUGAAUGAACUGUUUAUUCUUCUGCCCAUGGCUCCAAAGGAGGAAAAACCUGCCAAGAUCGCUACCAUAAAAGACAAAGCAAAGAACCGCUACCUGCCUGCCUUUGAGAAAGUGUUGAAGAGCCAUGGGCAGGACUACCUCGUGGGCAACAGGCUGAGCAGGGCCGACAUCCACGUGGUGGAACUUCUCUACUACGUGGAGGAGCUGGACCCCAGCCUUCUGACCGGCUUCCCCCUGCUGCAGGCCUUGAAGACCAGGAUCAGCAACCUCCCCAACGUGAAGAAGUUCCUGCAGCCUGGCAGCCAGAGGAAGCCUCCUCUUGAUGAGAAAGUUCUAGAAGAAAUGAGGAAGAACUUCAAGCUUUAAUAAAGUUGGCAUUGACUAGACUCGGGUCUAUGAAACAAUCGGAAGUCUUACAAUGACAAUGUUGUUCAUGUAAAUGUUGAGUCUGGUUGUAGGAGAUAAUAAAGUCUUACUAGUGUUAUGUCAACCCAA